AUGUCUUCGGUGAAUAGCGGGUCGGUUGUCUCUCACAGAACUGUUCACGGCAUCCCUUUUGAAAAAUGUCUUCCAGGUCAGAGGAUACUGAAAGUCUUAAUUGUUCGUGGAGUGUCGUUAAUGAAGAAGGAUAUUUUCGGCACUAGUGAUCCCUACUGCCGCCUAAGUCUCUACCGCGACGUGCGUCAGGCCAUCGCCCUCGGCAGCAGUGUGCGUACAUGCACGAUUAGACGUAAUCUCAACCCUGAAUGGAAUGAGGAGUUCUACUUUCGUGUCAACCCGGAGAGUAACCGCCUUCUGUUGGAAAUAUUCGAUGAAAAUCGCAUCACAAGAGAUGACUUUCUCGGUCUCGUAUCCAUUUCCCUUCCCCAAACCGAUAUCCCGGUUGAGGAGCGAGAAGAUUUAUCCCGAACUAAUGCAAAGCCCUACGUUCUUAAGCCGAGACGCGCCCUAUCUCGCGUGGAGGGUAAACUGGUGAUCGGUCUCUCCUACCUGCCUCCCUCGACCGAUAUUCGCCUCACCAACAUCCCAGACAGUGUGGCUAAACUGCCUCCUUCUUCUAGUCGACUUUCCCUUCCCAGUACAGUUUUGCUUCCCCUUGGUGGUGUUAUGAAUCCUUCAACAUCGUCUUCCUCCUUUCCUGGCUCUGUUAAAUGCUCCAACGAGGUCUCAACCACCACAACUCCUCAAUCACCACCACCACCGCCUCCAGGAGUAAAUCCUUCAAUGCUGAUGUCGACCUCCACCAUAAUGGAUGAGAAUAAUAUGGAGGUGGCAGAAUCAAAUUUGCCCGAGGGCUGGGACGAACGAGUUGACCAGAAUGGACGGACGUACUAUGUGGAUCAUAUUCACAAACGAACGCAGUGGGAUCGACCCAUGAGUCGACUUCCUGAAGGUUGGGAGCAAAGAACGGACGUAAAUGGUCGAGUCUACUAUGUCGAUCACAUCAAUCACAGGACGACUUGGUAUAGUCCUUUAUUUUCCGAAAACGAGGGUUGGAUGAAUGCUUCCAGUCAAAGCGUCGGUGCUUCCGCCUCCCGAAAUGGGGAUGAAAAUGCGCCUCCCAAUGAAGAUCCCAUUCCAGAGGCUUCCACACCUGCAGACGCUUUUUUUGAUGACUCAGAUGUCAUUGAAGAUCCGCAACAAAUUCGUCAAACCCUUCGCCACGGCGGUCAAACCCUUCUCUCCUCGCAUCACAAUCAAGGUCGACAGCAUUUUUACAAUUACAACACCUUGUCACCGGAACAACAGGUGCAAGCGGCGCAGACAAUGUAUCUCAGACGACAUCAGGUGAGAGUUGAGGACACAACACCCCAAACAGAGUCCCUAGCCGUCGUUGCGGAGGCAAGUGACGCACCUGCCCCCGUCUUAAGUCUUACUGGGGAACGGGAUAUGGAUCCUGAGAUCCCAAAACCGUCAGCACUGCCCACUGAGUGUGAUCAGCCGGAAGUUAUUCCGGAGACCCCGAUUGUCCCCGUACUUAUGGCCCCGGCGGCUGGUGGGGAAGCAAUCACUCCCGCUACUAGCAGCACCACAAUCACCAUUGAAAGUCCUCCACCACCAUCAGCGGCGGCAGCAGGAGCAGCAACGGCAGUUGUUUCCAACGGUGCGUCGGCAACCGAGAACAGGAUCUCGAUCGUGUCUCUCGAUGACGAUCCCCUCCCUCCGGGAUGGCAAAUGGCUGUCACGGCCAGUGGCCGACGGUUUUUUAUUAACCACAACGAUCAAACCACCACCUGGAAGGAUCCACGGAAACGGGGUGGCGAUACCUUGUCGACAAAGCCGGAGUCAUCAGUGACGACGUCGGUAAUGGCAAAGGCCGCUCAACGCCACGAUAUGCCAGUGCUGGGCCCACUUCCACCUGGAUGGGAGGAACGUGUACACAGUAACGGCCGAAUUUUCUACAUCAAUCACAGUGGGUUCUUUAUUACCACUCUGCUAACUCCGAAUCCUUUAAUCUCCGGUUGCCCACCUUGUUUUUUUUCCUCAACAGAUGCCCGGACAACACAAUGGGAGGACCCCCGACUGGAACGGCUGGGCGGACCCGCCGUCCCCUAUUCCCGCAACUACCGACAAAAAUAUGAGUACUUCCGCUCGCGUCUUCGUGCACCACGUGAUCUCUCGGCCAAAUUUGAGAUCCGCGUCACACGAUCCGGCAUUUUUGAGGACUCCUUCCGAUUGAUUUACUCUGUGAAGAAGCCGGAGAUGCUGAUGCAUAGACUGUGGAUCGAGUUUCUCGGAGAAAAGGGGCUGGAUUAUGGUGGUGUUCAGAGGGAGUGGUUCUUCCUGCUGUCAAGAGAGAUGUUCAAUCCAUACUAUGGACUGUUUGAAUACUCUGCUGCGGACAACUACACCCUCCAGAUAAAUCCCCUCUCCGGUCUAGCCAACGAAAAUCACCUUCGGUACUUUAAAUUCAUCGGCCGAGUAUGCGGCAUGGCAGUCUAUCACGGAAAACUGGUUGAUGGCUUUUUUAUUCGUCCCUUCUACAAGAUGAUGCUUGGUCGCAAGAUCGGCUUGAAGGACAUGGAAGCGGUGGACUCGGAGUACUACCGCAGUUUGAAGUACAUUUUAGAUGCGGAUCCACGGGAUUUGGAACUGACCUUCGCUGUUGACGAGGAACACUUCGGAGAGACGGUGGAGGUUGAAUUGAUCCCCAAUGGACGCAGUUGUCUUGUCACAAAUGCCAACAAACGCGACUAUAUUGAGCGCAUAAUCAACUGGCGAUUCGUCUCUCGCGUGGAGCAUCAAAUGUGCGCCUUUCUGGAGGGCUUCAAUGAUAUCAUUCCUCUGGAGACCCUCCAACUCUUCGACGCUAACGAGCUGGAGUUGUUGAUGUGCGGUCUGCAGGACAUAAAUGUCCACGAUUGGAAAGCGAACACGUUGUAUAAGGGCGAAUACCACGCCAACCAUCCGGUCAUCGUCAACUUCUGGAAGACGCUCUACACCUUCACCAAUGAACUGCGAAGCCGCUUGCUGCAAUUUGUCACUGGGACCUCGCGAGUUCCGAUGAACGGCUUCGUGGAGUUGUGGGGCUCUGCGGGUCCGCAAAAAUUCACCAUCGAGAGUUGGGGCUCGCCAAACCAACUGCCUCGUGCUCAUACCUGCUUCAAUCGACUGGACCUGCCGCCGUACAGCUCGUUUGAUGAGCUUCGUUGCAAGCUGAUAAUCGCCAUUGAGAACGCGGAAGGCUUUGAGGGAGUUGACUGA